CCCUAGAAACCUGAUCCACCGGGCUCCCGUGCGCUCCGUCUCAGUUUGCAGCACUCGCAUCUGAAGACCAGAGAAGCCGAACAGUUUGAAGGACACCGAGAAGAACCAGCAGAGCCCACGGCGGGUCCUCUCUCGCGAGCAGGCGGCGGAGAGCUCUGUCAACAGAGAACAACGGGCAAACUCGUCGCACCAUGGAAGACAAAUCCAAUUCGUUCUCCAGUAACAAGGAGGAGAAGGCGGAUGGGAAUAAUGUUUUUCAGAGACAAGACUCGAUACAGAAAAAUAACACGGGGAGCCAGAAUACAAAGGACCAUGGCAACUCCGUGGGCUUCAAGGGGGAGAGGGAAGAGGCCAUGGUGGGCUUUGAUGAUCUGGACGGGGCGUCCAGGCAGCAUGGUUUUAUGCAGAGGCAAUUCGGGGCGAUGAUGCAGCCCGGAGUCAAUAAGUUCUCCUUGCGUAUGUUCGGCAGUCAGAAAGCCGUGGAGAAAGAGCAGGAGAGGGUCCAGACGGCCGGAUACUGGAUCAUUCAUCCGUAUAGCGAUUUUAGGUUCUACUGGGACUUGAUAAUGCUCAUCAUGAUGAUGGGGAAUCUAAUCAUCAUUCCUGUGGGAAUAACCUUCUUCUCAGAGCAGACCACCACCACCUGGCUGGUCUUUAAUGUGGCUUCGGACACCAUCUUCUUGGUGGACCUGGUCAUGAACUUCAGAACAGGGAUCGUGAAUGAGGAGAGCUCUGAGAUCAUCCUCGACCCCAAGGUCAUCAAAAUGAAUUACCUGAAGAGCUGGUUUGUGGUGGACUUCCUCUCCUCCAUCCCGGUGGAUUAUAUCUUUUUAAUAGUGGAAAAAGGCUUUGACUCAGAGGUGUAUAAAACUGCACGUGCCCUACGAAUCGUCCGCUUCACCAAGAUCCUCAGUCUCCUGCGUCUGUUGAGAUUGUCCCGGCUCAUCAGAUACAUACAUCAGUGGGAGGAGAUAUUCCAUAUGACCUAUGAUCUGGCUAGUGCAGUGGUAAGAAUAUUUAAUUUGAUAGGGAUGAUGCUGCUUCUGUGUCAUUGGGAUGGCUGUCUCCAGUAUCUGGUGCCUCUCCUCCAAGACUUUCCCCCUGACUGCUGGGUAUCCCUAAAUGGUAUGGUUAAUGUAUCCUGGGGUAAGCAGUACUCCUAUGCCCUCUUCAAAGCCAUGAGCCAUAUGCUGUGUAUUGGGUAUGGUGCCCGGGCGCCCGUCAGUAUGUCUGACCUGUGGAUCACCAUGUUGAGCAUGAUCGUGGGCGCCACAUGCUAUGCUAUGUUCGUGGGCCAUGCUACAGCUCUGAUCCAGUCACUGGAUUCUUCACGCAGGCAGUACCAAGAGAAGUAUAAACAAGUGGAGCAAUACAUGUCCUUCCACAAGCUUCCAGCGGACAUGAGACAGAAAAUCCAUGACUACUAUGAGCACCGCUAUCAAGGCAAGAUUUUUGAUGAGGACAACAUCCUGAGCGAACUCAACGACCCACUCAAAGAGGAAAUUGUCAACUUCAACUGCCGUAAGCUCGUGGCCACUAUGCCUCUGUUCGCCAAUGCUGACCCCAACUUUGUGACAGGGAUGCUGAGCAAGCUGAAGUUUGAGGUUUUCCAGCCUAAUGACUAUAUAAUAAGGGAAGGCACAGUUGGAAAGAAGAUGUACUUUAUUCAGCAUGGCGUUGUUAGCGUCAUCACCAAGUUCAACAAGGAGAUGAAACUAACGGAUGGAUCCUACUUUGGAGAGAUCUGUCUGCUCACCAAGGGCAGACGGACAGCAAGCGUUCGGGCAGACACCUACUGUCGACUCUUCUCCCUCUCUGUGGACCAUUUCAAUGAGGUGCUUGAAGAGUACCCCAUGAUGCGACGUGCAUUUGAAACUGUCGCCAUUGACCGGUUGGACCGCAUUGGGAAGAAGAACUCAUUGCUGCUGCAGAAGUUCCAGAAGGAUCUGAACGCCGGCGUGUUCAACACACAGGAGAACGAGAUAUUGAAGCAGAUUAUCCGUCAGGACAGGGAGAUGGUGAUGAUGGUGGACCGCAAACAAUCAGUUACCGGGAUGAACUCGACUCCAAUGUCAGGAAACUCCAUCAUUAACUCACCAGCCCAGCCACCCUACUCCACCGCCUUUGGCACCACUCAGCUACAGCAGUCCUCUGUACCCAUGACUUAUAGUGCUUCGGCUAUUGCCAACGCCUCUGUUGCUCGCAUGUUGCCAGUUGCUGCUGCUGCCGCUGCUGCUGCACAGGGGGGGUUCCCAGCUCCCAGUCUUUCCCAAAUUAACCUGAAUUCCUCUUCACAGACAGCAUUUCAGCAGCAGGGAGCAAUAAUGUCACCCUGCUCCUUCACGGCGGCCAUGUGCAGCCCGCCCGUUCAGACCCCGUUGGCUAACCGGAGCUUCCAGUAUGGUUCACCAACGGCCUCCCAGCUGUCGCUUAUCCAGCAGCCCAUUGGCCAACAAUCUCUACCCACCCAGCAACAGCUCGGUCAGCAGCUGGCUACUUCAACUGCUGCUGCAACCUCAGCGGUGCAGCAGCAGGUCCCUUCACCUCAGAGGGGAGACAUCCACAAGAGUACCCAGGCUCUUCAGUCUGGCAGCUUGAGUCGAGAUGUCCGACACCUGUCGGCCUCCCAACCAUCACUGCCACAUGACACAUCCCUGGGGCCCAGAGCUCAUCAAACCUCUGGGGAGUCUCUGGCCUCCAUUGUGCCACUGACAGCAGCAGCCAUCCAGGGAAUAAGUCUACAAGGUGGCAUCCGCACUACGGUGCCCCAGCGGGUCAGUCUGUUCCGCCAGAUGUCGUCGGGAGCAUUGCCCCCGGUGCGUUCGGGCGCUUCGGUGGCUGCGGCAGUGGCAGCUGCAUCCUCAUCCUCCACUCAGCACAGGGAAUCCCCUGGAUCUAGAAGAGAUUCUGUCCUCAGCAGUACAGAGACUGAACAGGACAAAAUGCGGUUUGCAUCAAAUUUAUGAUUCCAUAUGUCCUAUCCAGUUUCUUUUUUUUUUUUUUACUUAAAUGUGUUUCAAUUCAUCUUUAAGAUGGGUAUAGAACAAAAGAGGUAAAAGAGGGAUUUAUGAGUUUAUUUGUUUCCCUCCAACUUUCCUCUAAAGUAACCUCAUAGAAAUCUUAUAUGUAUAUAAGCCCUUGUAUAAUAUUUUAGAAAUUUUUGUCUCCCUAAACUUAAGAAUGUAUAUUAUACGGAUACAUGUGAAUGGAUGUUUGAGAGAGUGGGUGUGUUCAGAUGCAAGUGUGUAAAAUCCAACUACUAUAUUGGCAAAGGCAAUUUAAAGCUGUAGUAUAAAUAUGAGUCUUCCUUUCUAAGAAAUAUAUAAAAUCAUAUAUCAUGUAUGAAGUUUUUUAUCAUUAUUUUUAUUUAACUGUUAUUGUUUAUUUUUGAUUUCUUUUUAACUGGAAUGCAAUGUCUUUUUUUAUUUUAUUUAACUCAGUGAAGAGCAAAAAACUGUCUUCUCAUGUUUAAUGUGUAAGGAAUCAUUGGAUAAUUAUGAG